AUGCCGAGCCCAGCAAAGAAGAGGAAGCUCAAUGCUGAAAAUGCAAAAAGCACACAGCAUCGGGGUCUGGAGUAUUUCUUUUCCAAGCAGAGACAGACGGGGAGCUUAAGCGUUCCAGCGACUUUCCGCAAUGAGGAUGAAACCGAUGUCGCGGCCUCGUCCAGCAAUGGCGCUGAGUUCACCGGAACGGAGAUGACCGACGAGGAGCUCGCCAGAAAGCUCCAAGCAGAAUGGGACGAGGAGACUAGGCGAGAACAACAGGGUCUCCCCUUUUUGACGGCAUCAGAGGAGGUCGUACCGGAUGCACCUGAUCCUGGUAGGCCCCAACAAGAAGCUGUGUCGCCUCUAUCUCCGCCACCUCCGUCCUCAAAGAAUACACUGUCGCUUCAGUCCGUCACGACCGCCGAGGAUGCCGUUGCGGCCCUGAUCCCCCUCGAUGAAAGUCCGUUGGUCUUUGAGCCUUCCAAGUACAUCCCGGCAUUGAAAAGGCAGUGGGCGGUGGCAAAACCAGGCGGCGCAACCAGUGGCGACGCUUCCUAUGCACUUUUGACGCGUUGUUUCGUCCUCGUCAACGCCACACAGAGCCGGAUCAAGAUUGUGGAUACUCUGGUCAACUGUCUUCGUCUCUUGAUCGAGGCGGAUCCGGAGAGCUUGUUGCCUGCCGUGUGGCUGGCCACCAACGCUAUCAGUCCACCAUAUAUAUCGCUCGAACUUGGCCUGGGCGGCUCUGCCAUUGGCAAGGCACUCAAGCAGGUGUGCGGCCUCGACGCACGCAGCCUCAGGUCCCUCUUCCAUAAAUAUGGUGACCCCGGCGAUGUUGCCUUUGAGGCCAAGAAGAAGCAGGCGUUCACCCUACGACGGCCUCAACCGCUGACGAUCCGAGGCGUCUACCUGUCCCUGGUGAAAGUGGCCAAUAGCCAGGGCCCCGGCAGCGUGGAGGCGAAGCAGCGCAUUGUCGACCGGCUGCUGCAGGACGCACGAGGCGGCGACGAGAGCCGCUAUAUUGUGCGGACACUGUGCCAGCAUCUGCGCAUUGGUGCGGUAAAGACGACGAUGCUGAUUGCGCUCUCACGAGCCUUUUUGCUCUCAAAGCCACCUCAGCGUGAUGGUGCUGUGGACGGCUUUUCCUACGCCGCGCUGCAGGACCCAAAAUUGCUCGCCGCAAUGAAAAAGGAAGAGCUAGCGGAAGUUUGGGCCCGCGCAGAAGAAACCGUCAAGGCAUGCUUUGCGCGGCGGCCAAACUACAACGACUUGGUGCCCGUCCUGCUGGAGAUUGGUGUCACGGACGAACUGCUGCUGCGCUGCGGCCUGGCGCUGCACAUUCCCCUGCGGCCGAUGCUAGGGUCCAUCACGCGUGACCUGGGCGAGAUGCUUGGCAAACUUCAGGGGCGUGCGUUUACUUGCGAGUACAAAUAUGACGGUCAACGCGCACAGGUACAUUGUGAUCGCGACGGAAAAGUGUCCAUCUUUUCGCGACAUCUCGAGGUGAUGACGGACAAGUAUCCUGAUCUCGUAUCAUUAGUGCCACGCAUCCGUGGGGAGGGCGUCGAAAGCUUCAUUCUCGAGGGUGAAGUGGUCGCUGUGGACCGCGAAUCGGGUGAGCUGCGUACUUUCCAAGCGCUUACGAACCGUGCACGAAAAGAUGUGGCCAUAGGUAGCAUCACCAUUGACGUUUGCUUGUUCGCUUUUGAUCUUAUGUUUCUCAACGGCCAGCCGCUGUUAGACCGGCCCUUGCGUGAACGGAGGGAGUUGUUGCGAUCACUCUUUGUCGAGAUCCCACACCAUUUUACGUGGGUGAAAAGCAUGGAUGCGACGUCCGAGGAUGGUGAGGCGGUGUCAGCCUUUUUCAAGAGCGCCACCGAUGCCAAGUGCGAGGGUAUCAUGGUCAAGAUUCUGGACAACUUACCAGAUCUGGCUUAUACCGGCGACGGUAACGACGAGGACGACGAAGCAAUGGCGCGGGUGGUCCCUCCUGUGGCACCUGUGAAGAAAAAGCCAAAAUCAAAAGGAACUGUCAAUGGUGCGCAGAACGGAGGCGACAACGGCGCCGAAAGGAAGACAAGCAGCCGUCGGAAACCUCUUCUUGCCACAUACGAGCCGGACAAGCGGCUCGACUCGUGGCUCAAGGUGAAGAAGGAUUACGGCUCGACGUUUGACACACUCGAUUUGAUUCCGAUCGCCGCAUGGCAUGGCAUGGGGCGCAAGGCCAAGUGGUGGUCGCCAAUCCUCAUGGCCGUGCGCAACGAGGAGACGGGUUCCUUGGAGGCCGUCACAAAAUGCAUAUCGGGAUUUACGGAUGCUUUUUAUAAAGCUAACCGGGCGUUUUACGAUAAUGGGCAUGACGGUGACGCAGAUGAUGGCGAUGACGACAAUGAGGAUGAAGGUAAAGACGGCAUGGGGCACGGAUCAACAGGCGAACAGGAGACGAAGAAGACAAACAAUACGCGCACACAAAAGCCCAGCUUUGUCGAAUACUAUGGCCCAGAACCAGACGUCUGGUUCGAGCCACAAGAAGUGUGGGAGAUGGCGUUUGCAGAUAUCACACUAAGUCCGGUCUACACAGCGGCCAUUGGGCUUGUCAACGAGAGCCGUGGACUCAGCCUUCGCUUCCCGCGAUUUCUCCGCAAGCGGGAGGACAAAGGCAUCGAUGAAGCGAGCACCAGCGAGUUCCUUGCAGGUCUCUACCGAAAGCAAGAUGCUCGUGCUCCAGACAAGGCGGGCGACACAUUUAAAGACGCCGAGGAAGAGGAAUAG